GAUAUUUUCCAUUCAUUCUACUCAGUUACCAUUUGUUUUGCAAGCAGUGAACAUGAUUUUUGUAUUGCUAGUAUUAUUGGCAAUUCUUGUAUACUAUUUCGGUACUCGGAACUACGACUACUGGGCCAAGAGGAAAGUCAAGCACGACCCGCCCGUGUUCCUGUUCGGAAAUAACUUCAAGGGCUUCUUCGGACGACAAAGCUCUACAGAGAUAGCUAACAACUUAUAUAACCGGUUCCCUAACGAGAAAGUUGUCGGAUACUACAGAGGUUCCACUCCCGAGCUAUACAUAAGAGACCCAGAUAUAGUGAGGGAUAUAAUAAGCAAUAAUUUUGCAUAUUUUUAUCCGCGGGGCCUCGGCAGGAACCCGGAGGUGGAGCCGUUGCACGCGAGUCUGUUCCACGCAGACGGCGACCUAUGGAAGCUGACGCGGCAGCGGCUGACGCCGGCGUUCACCACCGCGCGGCUGAAGGCGAUGUUCCCGCUGGUGGUGCGGUGCGCGGAGCGGCUGCAGGGCGUGGCCCGCGCGGCCGCGGCCCGCCCCGACACCUGCGACGCGCACGAACUCAUGGCGCGCUUUACCACCGAGUUCAUCGGCGCCUGCGGCUUCGGCGUCGACACCGACUCCCUUGGCAACGAAGAUUCCCAAUUCAGAAAGAUCGGCAGGCUCAUGUUUUUCAGACCACUCCCGGUCAUAAUAAAGCACAUGCUGUGGGAACUUUUCCCUCCGCUAAGAUCCUACAUUCAUGUAUUUUAUCGGAAACUAGAAGACGCUUUUUUCAGUUUCGUCAAGAAUAUAAGAGAAAUUAGACAGUGCAAGCCCUCCGGCCGCCAUGAUUUCAUAGACUUGCUUCUGGAGUUAGAAGGCAAGGGAAAAAUCGUAGGAGAAUCAAUUGAGCGCUGGGACCCAGACGGAAAGCCUGUGACUGUGGAAAUGGAAAUGGAUUUGAAAAUGAUGGUGGCCCAAGUGUUCGUAUUCUUUGGCGCGGGUUUUGAGACGUCCUCGUUGGCCACAAGUUAUACUUUGCACCAGCUUGCAUUUAAUCCUGAAUUACAAUUAAAAAUACAAUUGGAGAUCGAUGAAGUGCUUCGGAAAUAUGAUAAUAAGUUAUGCUACGACGCCGUGGCGGAGAUGACGCUACUGAGCAUGGCUUUCAAGGAGGCGAUGAGGAUGUUUCCGCCGCUGGGCGUGUUGAAUCGCGUGUGUGCUCGGCCUUACACGUUCCCUGAGCUGGGCCUGACCGUGGAUCCCGGAGUAAAGAUUGUAAUCCCGUUGGAAGCGCUGCAGAACGAUGAGAAGUACUUCGACAACCCGCGGGAGUUUCGGCCAGAGCGAUUUAAUCCCGAAAAAGUAAAAAAGCGACAUAAAUAUGUGUAUUUGCCGUUUGGAGAUGGACCCCGAGCAUGCAUAGGAUCGAAACUGGGCGAGAUGCAGUCGCUGGCCGGGCUGGCGGCGGUCCUGCAGGUGUGCAGUGUGACCCCAGGGUCCACCACACAGCGGGUCCCGUCGCUGGACUCGCGGUCUAAUACCGUGCAGGCUUUGAGGGGAGGCCUACCGCUCCAGCUUACUGUUAGGGGUCAAUGAGUCCUAAUCAAGAGUG